AUGGCAGGACCUCAGAUGGAGGACAGCGCUCUGGACAUGGUGACAUGUGAAGAUGAUGGCGAGGAUGAGGAAGGAAUACAGAAUGGAGCGGAGGAAGAUGAAGAAUGUCAGGAGAUCAUCGAGCCAGCAGAGGUGAAAGCAGAGCCUGCUGAACAAAGUGACAGAUUGACCCCCCAGGAGGAGGAAAUGGAAGAAGAAGCUGAAGCUUGCGCUGUGGAAUCUGGUAUUUUAUUCUGUGUUAAAAAUGCUCCCCAUGUUAACCCCCUUAAGGCUUCUUUUUACAGGUGUGCAGGACAUUGAGGACCAGAGCAAAUUUGGGAUUUACUGUUUGCUUUGUAUGGUUUAUUAUUAUUAUUAUUAUUAUUAUUAUUAUUAUUGUACUUAUUUUAAAAGCAGUUAAAGGGACUUUAGGCAGCAUAGCUACUAGUGCACACUGUACUGGCUAAAAAGGCUUAGUGCCAUCCCCUGGUUUAAUGGCUUAGUAAAAAAAAGCACGUGUUAGCAGAGAGUGUAGGGCAAACAUAUUCUCAACCCAUAUUAAAUGAGACACUGGAACUUCUGCUUAAGGUAUAUGUAAAGAGGAGGUUUUCCCAGACAAUGGAGACCCAGGUAAGGUCCAAACCAUUUGAAAAUGAUUUGAUGCUAUUCUCUGGAAAGGGUCCUCUUUGUACUUGUACCACAUUCUGAGUAAAUGUGGUGCUUAGACUUUCCAUUUAAAGGAACACUUUAAGCACUGAAGACUCCCUAGUAUUUGAAGCAGCACUUUAACAUUACAGCUGAAGUUCAGUAUAGUGGUUAUGGCAAUAGGAGUGGCCUGGCAAGUUUGACUAUUUACAGUGGGGUUUUUUACGUGCAUUCUUUGGGGUUGGAUGAAAAAAAUAGCUUGCAAAAGCGGCAGACUUUUCAACUGCAACCUUUGCAAGCCCUCCCUCUUCUCUUUUCCUAUUCUUAGAAAGUAUUGUUAUGCAUAAAAUGAGAACAUUUUUAGGAUAAAAACAUAUUGCCUUAUUAUAAAUCAAAUGUAAGAACCCAUAUUAUAGAUUCAAAAAGCACAGUGGCGAGCUACAGCAUUAAUUAGCUACAGCAUUAAUUAGAAUAAAAUAUAUUUUAGUUGUAAAAGGCUAAAAUAUUUGGACCUGUUUGCAAACUGUGGUAUGUGGGUAUGUACGUAUACCCAGUUUAAACAGCUGUCAAACUGCUUUUUGGUGAACUGUUUGUGUCGUUUCCCCCUUCCCCCCCCCCAUUAGAAAUAGUGAAUUGGUUUCAGAAAGUUGGCAGUAGUCUGUCUAUGCUAGGCCUGGCUGUGCAGAGAAAUCCAUGAUGCUGUCCGCCUAUGACGUAGCUCUGCACUGCUUAGUUUACAAAAUCCAUUAGGGCAUACAGCUGUAAUCUAAGUAAUAUGCAACAUAGUGUUAUCUAAUUUACCAUCGAUAUUUCACCGCUAUAUAAUUGAUCUCACAGGAGAUAGUAGUGUAUCAGACCGUGAGGAAUCAGGCAAGGCCUAGAUAGAACAGGGACGUGUGAGGGGGAGUGUAUAUAUAGAAUAGUAAGGAGGUCUUUGAAUGGUGGCAUUUUAAGGGGCAAAGGGGUAGGUUAGUAUAAAUAGGUAGGCAGCUUACAGGACAGCAGCCAUCUUAAUUAUCAGUUGGUAAUUGCGUGGAAGUUGCUUCCUAGUGUACCUGCUUGCCAAGUGCUGUUUUUGACCAGGGUCUCAGUAUGGACGAGGCUGUCUUUUCUGCCCUCAGGGCUGAGGCGUUACAAGAUGGGGGUGUGCACCUGCAGGUUCAGCUAGCUUGUCUGCAGGCCUUCGUGGUGAUUGCCACCUCCCCGCUCGGUGGUCGCGGGGGUUCCUGGAGGCGAGCUCGGCCACCUGAACGUUUCACCCCGCCUGGGGAGCCUACGGGCUCUCCUGGGCUCAGCAGCGCAAGCCUGGCCUUGUGGAUCCGUUGGUCUGUGGCCGCAAGGCUUCUUUAACGUCCACCGCGGGCUCCAGUUACUAGCUGGGCGUCGGGGCAGUCCGCUGCAUCCCGUGCCCAUUUCCAGUCUCCCUCCCCAACCCCUUGCAAACCGCGGCCCAAAAAUGUGAUGUGAAUCAAGCCCCUAUAACUGAGAGCAACCCAAUCAUAGUAAUCCUGCGCUCUCUAAACUUGGCCAAUAGGGUACAUUAACGAUGCAUAUAGAUAUAAAUGUUGUCACUAUCAAAUGAGUAUAAACCGGGAUAUAUUAUAAACCCAUCAUUGAUCUAGAUACAAUAGUACUCUUUGGUAAUUACUAAGUAUUGACACAUCAAGAUGAACCAAUAAAAUAAAAAGCCCUAAAGGAUCAUUAGAGUUAGAAUAAGUAAACAAACAAAAUAUGACUCUCUAUAGACUAAAGUAAUAGAUACAUCUCACUGGAUACCCCCAAAGCAGUUCGAUUUGAACUGUCUGCGAUAAGUAUUGAUGUGGACUAAAUAUCCCAAUAAGUAAAGGGAAUAUGAGGAGUAAGUAAGUAUAAUUCAAAAGUAGCCUUUAUGAAGAAUCUGUAGUUAAUGUCACGUAUAUGUUCCGCUUGUGAUCGUACAUUAUUGUAUUCUGUAUAAACACAUGUGAUGGCUAAAUCUUAAGGAAAAGGGUGAAAAAUAGAACGUUUACGUUCAGUUUAAUACAGGGCUCGACAAAUCCCAGGCUCCAGGUUGCCAUGGCGUCUGGGAUUUGUCUGCCUUUUACCUAAAGUGGUCGGCUGGGCAAACAAUGGAGCAUGGAGGCGGCCAGUUCAGGAAGAUGUAUAGCCGCCCGCUCGUGGGAGUUAUGUAGCCAGCAGGCUGGGGCAGUGCGCGGGAGCGUUGUAGCCGGCUAUCCUGGGAGGUAUGGAGGCGGCCGGCUAAGGAAGUUGUGUAGCCGGCCACCCCCGGUAGCAUAGAGGCAGCCAGCUUAGGGAGCUUUGUAGCAGUCUGCCUGCCUGCCCGAAGUAUGGAGGCGGCAGGCUGGGGCAGCGUGCGAGGGAGCAGUCUUCCUGCAGCUCCUCUCUGCUCCUUCGUGCUGUGUAAUGAUGCCGGGAGCCGGAAUAUGAUGUCAUUCUGGCUCUGACAUCACUGCAGACAGUGUAAGUGAGCAGAGAGGAGCUGUAGGAAGAUCACUGUUGCCUCUCACACAGGAAUAGCAGCCCCACUGGAUCCCAGGGCAAGUCCACUAAGCUCUCCCAAAGGUAUGGAGGCUGGGUGGAUUAGAAUUAAAAAUAUAAGUGUGUGUGUAUAUUAGGGAUCGACCGAUUAUCGGUCUGGCCGAUAUUCCGGCAAUAUCGGUAUCGGCAAAUAGAGAUGCCGAUAAUACAUACCAGGAGCGCUGGGCCCAUGACAAGCCCGGUGGUCCUGGAGGGCCCACAGCAAGCUCGCUCUUACCUUCAGCUCCCCGUGUAAAUCUCGCGAGUUCCGCGGCCGUCAGUGGUGCCACGGGUUACUAUGGCAACACUUCACGUGGCACACUGGCAGCAGAGCUGCUGGGAAGAAAGCGCUUGCUGGGCCCCCACUGCACACUCCAUUCCACCGGACCACCAGGGAAUGCUAUAUCCCCCCUCCCUAGCCAGCUAAGAAGCAGUGAGGGGGGCUAAAAAAAAAAAAAAUUUGGGAUCAGCCUGUAGUGUUUUUCCACUUUAAUUUUGAGUGUGACUCCAAAUCCAGACCUCCAUGGGUUGAAAAAUUUGAUUUCCAUUCUUUAAUUUUUGUGUGAGUUUGUUGUCGGCACAUUCAACUAUGUAAAGAACAAAGUAUUUCAGAAGAAUAUUUUAUUCAUUCAGAUCUUGGAUGUGUUAUUUUUGUGUUCCCUUUAUUUUUUUGGUCAGUGUAUAUCCAGAUAGUCUAUAGAUCUCGUACAUUGCAUGGCCAGCAUAUGUGUUCAAAUAUAGAUGUGUGUGUAUAAAAAUACCUAACUAGCUAGAGCAGAAAAAUAAUACUUAACUGUUAGAAUAAAAAAUCGAUAUUGUGAAAAGAAUGGAGUCCACAAGUUGUAUACAUACUAGAAGAUUACGGUACAGUCAUGGAGUGAAGACCUAUAUUUAUAUAUACUAUUAGUAUUGAAAAAAAAUAAGGGUAUAAACAUUUUAUAGAAUAAACUUAAUACUAAAUAAGUUAAAUAUGAUACUGAUUAUAGAAGCUUCCUAUAAUCAGCAACAAAUGAGUUUGGGGGGCACUCCUUUCGGAUAGAGGCUGCCACUGAGGCAUCACGCCGGGGGUUGUCUGAGGAAGUUAUCCAACAGAUCGGGAGGUGGGAACCUAGGAGGUUCUGCUUUUAUGUUCUUCCAGUUGGACCGAUUCUGUUUUCCCUUUUGUCUCCUUAGGUGCCAGAAGGCGAGUGUGGGUCAUCGGCCAGUCCUACAUUUAUUGGGCACAACAGCGGGCUGAAGUUCAUCCCGGGGGACUCCAACUUGGUCUGUCGCCGGCGGUGGCAGAGGUCCGUUGGUUCGGUUCCCGGGGUAUGCGGUGGAAGCACCUGUUGCCUGAAAUGGUCCGGUUGGCUCGCUUAUUCGGCGUUCCUGAUGUGCUCUUGAUUCAUCUGGGGGGGAGCGCUCUUGGCACUAUUCCGGUGUGGGAUCUAGGUACUAUGAUCCUGGAGGAUUUGGCAGAGUUAUGGCUUAAGUUCCCCGGGCUUUGUAUAGUUUGGUCCGAGGUGCUAUCCCGGAAUUAUUGGAGUGGUGCAAGGGACCCCAGGGCUCUUGAACGGAGCAGGAUCAAGCUGAACAAGCGUGUUUCUAAAUUUGUGAAGAGAAUGGGGGGGGUCACAGUGCGUCACCGCAUGUUUGAGCAAAAUGCAGCAAAGUAUUUUAAGAGUGAUGGAGUCCGCCUGACGGAAGAGGGUCUGGAUUUGUUUAAUCUGGCAUUGCAGGGUGCGUUGGAGGAGGCCAUGGCUUUGGUGUCUGGGCAGCCCUGCUGA